CGGCGCCUUUUUUGCUGCGGAUGCCGCACUAGUUUCUCGUUGAUUUUUAAUUGUUCGAAGUAUCGCAUAAUAUUAUUAUACACACUGCACACACAUAAUCACACAAAAUGUCGCUGCAACAAGCUUUGGAGGAUUGCCUAAUCGACUUCGACAGACGUGUGCUGGUCACCGAUUUGCUGGAAGAGUACAAAUUGACAUACAAAGAGGCUCACGAAAAGCUUGAGGCGUAUAUUAAACAGCAGGAAAAUUCGAGUGCCGUCAAAUACGAAAAGCGGUUUGUGGUCCAUGGCAUGCUGGAAAAUGAUGAGCAGUAUACGAUUGUGCAAGGUGACGACAAAUUAAAGGAAUGGUUAAGCAAAUUGGAAAACUCGCAAUACCACCUGUACUCCGUGGAGGUGGCUGGCGGCUCUAAGAGUGCUGCGCCCAUUUUCAAGCCCAUGCAUAAUGUGGAGGUAAAGCUGGCCAAGCUAGAGCAGCGCUCAACUGUCAAACCGCAAACUAAUGGCGUGAGCAAUGGUGUUCACAAGCCUGCAGAGAUAUCAAAGCCCAGCAGCAGCAAGGAAGAGCCCUCAAAGCCUGAUAACAAUGCUGAGGAGCAGAAGAAAACGCCACCUAGCGAACAGAAGAGCAAGGCUAAAGCAACAACAGCGAAAAAGGGCAGUAUCGGCAGCUUCUUUGCCGCAGCUCCAGCUGCCAAAACACAGCCAGCCAAGGAAACAAAAGCAGCGGCAACCAAGCCAGCGGCUGGCAGCAUGGACAACUUCUUCAAGAAGCAGCCAAAGUCGAGCAGCAGUCAGUCUAGCAGCAUAAAGAAAGAAGGAUCGGCCGAAGAGAAGAACACAUCCAUUCAGCUGUUUGCUGAGGAGAGCGAAGAAUCUUCGGAUGAAGAGGAAAAAUUGGACAAGCUGCGACGCAAUGUGAUAGGAUCCGGUGACGAGUCGGAUGAGCCAGAUGCCAAGCAGAAGGCUAACAGCAAGCGUCGUCGCAUUGUCGACUCCGAUGAUGAGGAGCAGCCACAAAAGAAAUCAGCAGAGAAGGAACUGCAAAAGCCGCAAAAGCAGCAGCAAGAGGAAAACGAGGAGGAGGAGUCAAUGGAUGUGGAGGAGGCAACAAAUGAAACAUUUCUGGAUGAUGAUGGCUUUGUCAUAACGGUAAAGGCCAAGAAACCAAAGCAACCAGUUAAGAAAAAGGCUUCGCCGACAACAGCAACAGCAGCAUUAGCAACUGCAACAAAGAAAAAAUCACCGCCGGCAGCCAGCAAAAGCGCAAAGGAGACGCCCAAAGUUAAACAGGGCAGCAUCACGAGCUUCUUUACCAAAAAGUGAAUAAGCCACAAAACUAGUCGGAUGGCUUGAUUGAAUGCUUAGUUUAAGAAAGAAAUAUUUUGCUAAUUUAUUAUUAAAUGAAGUAUUAUUCACUGCA